AAAAAUCUUGCCGCGUCACUGGGAUGCGGUCGCCGGAGCCGGGCACCUCGCAUUCCAUCCCCGCUCAUGUCCCCAUCGCCGUGACAGAACAAGCACCGUUUCCUUCACACACCAAAGAUGUCAGCUCCAAAUCUCACCCAUGCGGCGCCACAGGAUCAGCGCUUUCUGGUGUUGUUUGACUUUGAUGAGACCAUCAUCAACGAGAGCAGCGACGAUGCCGUGGUGCGAGCUCUACCCAGCAAACAGCUUCCUGAUUGGCUGAAGAACAGCUACAGAGAGGGGCAUUACAACGAGCACAUGCAGAAGGUCUUGGCUUACAUGGCCGAGCAAGGCGUGUCAAAGGGCUCGAUCCAUUCAGCGGUGGAGAAGAUCCCACCCACGCCUGGUCUCCUUAACCUGUUGCAGUAUUUGCAGAGUCACCAGCAAGACUACGAGCUGGUGGUGGUCUCUGAUGCUAACAUGUUCUUCAUCGAGACAUGGUUGGAGCAGGCUGGGGUGCGCAACCUUUUCCGGAAGAUUUUUACAAACCCCGCCAGUUUUGAUGCAAAAGGCCAACUUGUGCUGCUCCCGUUUCACUCCCACUCCUGCUCCGGUUGUCCUGAUAACAUGUGCAAGCAGGUGAUCCUUCGUGAGUACCUGGCAAAGCGGCAAAAGGAGCGGGGUGGUGCACCUUUUCAGAGAGUUUUCUAUAUCGGAGAUGGGGCCAAUGACAUUUGUCCCUCUCUGGCUCUGGGGCCCCAGGACACAGCAUUCCCUAGGAGAGACUUCCCCAUGCACAAGCUGCUGCUGGAGAUGCAGCAGUCCCAGGCAGCUAAGUUUAAAGCUAACAUGGUUCCUUGGGUCAGCGGCGAGGAUAUUGUCGACUGCCUGAAGAAAAUAAUGGAGGAGAGAUGA